AUGAGGGCUUAUUGGUAUGACGGCCUUGAUGGUGACCAGCGCCUGGCACAUGACUCUGGCAAGGAGGUUACCGUCGAAGAUCUGAAGAAGCUUGGUGUCUUUUACCACCAAAUCCCUAAUCUGGAUGGUGUCAACCAGCUGGCUUCGGACCGCGGCUAUAGGAACCGAGACGAGAUUGUUGUGUCGCCAGAGAAGAUGGGCGAGAUCUAUGAGGAAAAGGUUAAAUCUUUCUUCCACGAGCACUUGCACGAGGAUGAGGAAAUUCGUUAUGUUCGUGACGGUCAAGGUUUCUUUGACGUCAGAAGCGCCGAUGACGCUUGGGUUCGUAUCCGUGUUGAGAAGGACGACUUAAUUAUCCUGCCUCCUGGCAUCUACCACCGCUUCACAACCGACGAGUCUAACUACAUCAAGGCAAUGAGGCUCUUCAAGGAUGAGCCCAAGUGGACCCCUUUGAACAGGACGAAGGACCUUGAUGUGAACCCGCACAGGAAAGAAUAUGUUGAGCAAUACCUUCAGAACGGCGUGUCAGCAUGA